CCUAGAGAAAUGCCAAAGAGCCUUCAUGGUAGAGAAAUUGGACAAUAUUUUCAAGACCCUCCUCUCCUGAGAAAUGAUAUCUCUGACAUCACAUCCCAAAUGGCUGACUCAGAAGAUUGCAUCUUCCAUCAUGCUGAAUCUAAUACCUGGAAUAAGGUCUCUAUUGUUUGCCAACCACCCUCUCGCUCCUCCAUGAAAUCCCUCGAUUCGUCUCAACUUCCCUUUCCUGCAUAAUUGUUUCGUAACUUAACAUUCCAGUCAGUGCAGGAACAAAAAUCCAUCUUUGUUCUCUAGGGAAGAUAUUUGAAGAUGUGUCUCUAUCUCCAAUAUUGCAAGGGCAGAUCAAGGAGCAAAACGUAGAACAAGAACAUCAAGGCACAGUAGCUGUUAAACUUUCUAGCAAGAACUUUCACAGGUAAAGAUGAGUCUUGUCUACACUUACUGCGAGAUCGACACUGUGGAGAUCCGCCAAAUUGACUGAAGCCCAUGCUCCAAGCAGCUCUGAUACUCCACUGGGUCGCGAGGAGUAAGGGGAAUCAAUAGGAGAGUUUCUCCCAUCAAUCACCCUGCAAUGGGGAUGUCACGUGCACUCUAGUCUUGGAGAAACUGCAUAAUGUGGUGAAGAACAACACAUAGCAAAGGAAAAUAUAAAGUAUGUGUGGUUGGAGGAUGUGAUGACAUCACGUUGCUCAGCGGGAACGUAGGGCUUUUAAAAAGCUGAAGGAAACAUCCUGACAGCCAGUUAUCACAUCACUUGUAAAAGGAGUAAAACACAGUUAGCGAUUUAAAAAGCCAAACUCUCCUCUUCAAAGAGAAAAGCCUCCGUUCUGCCACAGAAUAUGCACUGGCAAAAAUCUUCUGCUUCAGAGCAGCGGCAGGAGCCACGACCUUAUCAAGGUGUCCGUGUCAAAGAGCCGGUGAAGGAGCUACUGAAGAGGAAACGUGGGAACAUCCAUAGUGCUAAUGCAGCUGCAGCGACCACGGUUGUUUUGCCCCAUCAGCCACUUCCGUCCUAUUCACCAAUUGGCCAGCCUUGCAUUGAUAUGGACAUUGCUGCCUCUUCAUUGCCACUCACUGAUGAAGGAGCUUUGUGUUCUGGUUGGCUCUCUCAGCCUUCUCCUGCUACCCUACAGCCCUUAACACAGUGGACAACGUACCCAGAUUAUAUGUCACAUGAAGCAGUCAGCUGUCCGUACACAGCAGACAUGUAUGUUCAGCCAAUGUGUCCAAGUUAUACACUUGUUGGACCCUCUUCGGUUCUGACUUAUGCAUCCCAGCCGCUGAUCACCAAUUUUGCGCCAAGAAGCACCACUCCAGCUGUCAUGCCACAGCUGGAGGCGACAGACCAGCAAGCCCCUCUUACCUACUUUCCAUGGGCUCAGCCUAUUUCUGCAUUACCAGCAUCUACCCUGCAGUACCAGCCAGCUUCCACCUCCCUCCCUGGGCCACAGUUCGUCCCACUUCCCAUUUCAAUUCCAGAGCCAGCCCCACAGGAACUGGAGGAUGCUCGGAGAGUGAUCAGCACUGUGCCCAUUGAAAAGCUACUUCUAGAAGAUGAAGACAAUGAUACGUAUGUUUUAAAUCACACUCUCUCUGUUGAAGGGCUUUAAAGUCAUGUAUAUGGGGCCCGAUACUACAUUUCUUGUUCACCCAGACCUCUAGGCAAAAUCAAUGAGUUUUGAGUGUCCAAGAGAAAACAGAUCUGGGCUAUUUAUUUUCUUCUUAAGAUUUUUUUUUUUUUUUGGUCAUCCACCACUAAUGGUCCCUGAAUGUGAGAUUUGCACUCUGGGUGAAGUGUACCUGUGUGCACAGGACUAGCAUAAGACUCACAUGCUGCUAAAGUUGCUUUUAGUUCUUCCUAGUAGAAACUUUGCAGCGCAUUGUUCUUGUGCUGGCCUUUUGGAAGGAAUGAAUUUCACCUUCCGAUAUGGGCUGAAACUGACAUGGAUUUUUUAGUAACAUUUGCUAACUCCUUUGUGUCUGACUAUAGCAUUUGGUACGGUUACACAUAUCAUAAGGAUGUCUUAGAGGGUUUACAUUGCAAGCCAUAUUUUCUAGAGCUCUGUAUAUCUGUGUCACAGAUAUAUCUUUGCUUUGUUCAGUUAAAGGAAACUACCCCAGUACAUCUUCUUGAACACGGCCACCUAAAAUGUGGAGCCUUGAAUGAGAUGGCCCUUUAAUUGGUAAUAUCAUUGAAAAAUGUCAUUGUAUGAUUAUGAAUAUGUUUGCUCUGGUGGUGGCACCUAUUUGUAGCCAGUCUGAAAGCCAAUAAUGUAAACAGAACAGGUGAGAUAUGUACAAGUGUGAAAAUAGGCCAUCAGCAAUGUUCCCCAUAAGAUGAGCAUAUGGGCGGCCACCCUGGAGAAAUUCCAAUGCCUCCCAGCUGAUUAGCAGAGAUCCCACAGCAGCCCAAAGCUGGCAGCAGGUGUUUCUACCGGUGGUGCACAUCUGUAUAUGCCUUGGUGCACAUGCCAAAAUUUUGUUCUGCACAUGGAUAGAAAAAAUUAGAGGGAACAUUGGCCAUCUGCCACAGAGGAACACAAUAUUAUUUAGGCAAAGAAUUGUACUGUUGCGUCUUAAUUUCAUUUGACUUAUUCUUGCGAAAUUGACAGACUGGUCUUCAUGCAGAGCUCUUACUGCAUGUGGGAGGGGUAAUUGGAUUGAGGCGUUUUCUGCAGUCAGUAUGUGAAAUGUUCCCUUUUAAAACUGGUAAAGUUGUAUUUUAUGGCUUCUCCAUGAUAUUGUGUGUUGCACUACGAGACAGAACCUAGUCCCAACGGGAUUACAAGAUAUGGGCCUCAGUCAGGAUAUCAAUGAGAAGACUGGGCCUUCCAAAAUUAGGAUGAGUGUCUGUCAAUAUGGGCACUGCUGUAUUCAGUCUCUUGUUCUUGAGCCUUAGCAAAUAGUUCAGUUGACAAUGAUGAUAAACAAUCCUAAAAUGGGAGAGAGUCCAUGUGAAAUAGGAGACCUGUAACGUACCUUAUUAACAUUGAAAGUUUCUCUGUAUUUCAGUGGUUUAGAGUCACAGCUGUACACAGCAUCAUUAUUGCCUUUUGUUUAUAUUUAUUGGAAAUUGAAUAGCAUAUACUGCCCUUUCUAAACAAUUGUAAAUAUCACUGUUGAUGUUCCAUGGCAUCUUGCCACAGCCAAAGGUAUUCGUGGGAAGAUGUAUCCAUUUUUAACAUUUUGUUAAUUGUUUCCUUAAUAAACAAGGAACUCCUAGACGAUGAACACAAUUUCUCUGGGUUUUUCUGCUUCAUAAAGCCCAGGAACCUUAGAUGAUAAUAGAAUUUAGAAGUGUUUUUGGAAUUAAGGUAUUCAAAGGGUUGUUACCUUACAUCAGUUAGAGAAUUGGUGCCCGCUACUCCUUCUUCUAUCCAGGCUAUAUUCCAAAUAAUUUUACAAUUUGUGCCUGGGUAAGGACUGCAAAAUUGGGUCCAAUGUCUAUAAGACUUUCAAAGCAGGUUUCACUAUUGACACAUCUAAAGACUUAAACAAGAGACCAUGCAAAUGGUCAUAAAGUUAUCCAAAAAAUGCAGAAGCUUUAGGCUUACUGAUCUUGGUGGCUUAGAUUUGCAGAAAAACCCAGCAAAGAAAUUAAUUAGCUAAGGCUUGAUCUGCCACUGUGUUACUCCAGUUGCAAUAGUGUGACCUCUGCAGAACACUGGGGUGAUGCAGUUGUGAAUCAGGUCUUUGGUGGCCAGCAUUUAUUUGGAACUUUUUUUCAUUUCACUGUAUGUAAAAAAAUCUCCUGGUUGUAUAUAAAGUGAUGAUGUAUUGUCUUGAAUUUCUUUCUGGGUUGUUCUGUUAGAUUAAAACACAUUUUCAAUAAAGAU